AUGAAACUGAAUAUUUCGUGCGCAGCGAAAAUUUAUCCGAUAGAGGUAGACGUGGAACACAUUCCAAGCAACGUGGAUAAUCGUCAAACUACUUCAGCUGAAAAGGAUAACGCUGUUAAUAUUAGUACAACGUAUACGGAAAAAAUCUCAACGCUUGGAUCAUUCAAACAACUAGUGUGUUCCUUGUGCAAUAUCAGCCCGACUGCUUUAAAAAUCGUCCACAGAGGGCGUAUUUUAAUGGGUGAUAAUUCUACUCCGUUGUCAUCUUUUAAUUUUAAAGAAAAUGAUAAAUUAUUGGUUCUUGGAAAACCACCGACAACAGAAACAGAUGUUGGAUGGAAGCUGCUGGUGGAUUUCGAGCGGAAACAUACUGUGAAUAUAUCUAAAACAUAUGCAACGAACGAAAAUGAUCUGACGCAGUUGGAGAAAAACUUCUUGAAAGAUCCUGAAAGGCGAGGAUAUAUCAAAGGAAUGGAUAAACGUCUGAAAGGAUACGCUGAAAAUUGCAUGAAACUUUUGGAAACACUUGAUGGUUUGCAAAUCAAUAAUGAUAAUACCGAAAAAGAACAAGCUCAGCGGAAUCGCGAAAAGCGAAAAUUCCUUGUAGAUGGACUACAGGAUGCACUGAAUAAGAAUGAUAAACUGAUGACACGGCUGACUGAUUAUCUAAAUCGAUGCGAACAUCCUGAAGAUGCUUUGUAGUUGGGUAUAAAAUCAUUACAGUCAGUACAAGCAAAGCGUUUCCAUUAUAAAAUGAUUUAGUUUUUGAAAUAUGCAUUGCUAGCUUCGUUAAUUUGUAGCUUCUCAUGAAAAAUUCAUAGCAGUAUCGUAUCAAGGCUGGACGUUGUGCAAAUUUUGUAAUUUGAUUUUCACCAAGUGAUGGUUAUAUUUGAAUUUCCAGUUAUCUUAAAAAAUAUGCUGCCUAAUUCUGGCAUUUAAUAUCAUAAACAAUCAUUAAUGUGUUAACCAUCAUUUCGUAAAUCAGAUUUUAAAUUAUUUUGUUAUUCCUUCUUUCUUACUCAUUCCUCGUCUUAAUGUAUUCCUCAUUUUGGUUUGUUGGAAGAAUUCCCAACCUUUAUACAGCUGUUGGGUGAAAGCCAAUGUAUAUUGGUAACCAAUAUCUGUUUAUACUAUCAUUAAUUUGUACUUGUCUUGUCUUAUGCAUCCAACUUUUCAGUUCAUUUUUUCAUAUCAGGACAUUUUCGAAUCCCUCCAUUUAUAGUGUCAGUAGUUCUUAAUCUUAUUUUCCGUGACAUUUCUGAUCCAUCUAUUCCUAAUCAAAAAGCAGUCCCAGAAUAGCAUCGGUUGCUUUUUCUAAUGAUUACUUUCGUUUCUUUAUUACUUUAACUUCUGCUUAGUGGAUUAAAGCUUUAACAACUAUGUGAACAGUGUAGUAUUACUUUAAGA